GGACAACGAUCCCGCAGUUCAAAAGAGCAACUCGUUUAGCGUAGUAGAGAUCUGUGUAGUGCCAGUGACGGUUGUUCGACACUAUUUGUUUCUAUCAGUUUGUCACAAAAAUCUGAUACUGUUUGUUCACUUCUGCCGCACUGUGCGAGUACUGACUGUACGAUAACGAAUUGAUUGAAUCGCCGUACAAAUUUGUCAAGUGCACCAGGUCGGUACCUGAUAAAGACAAAAGCUUCGACGGAGGAAUCAGUAAUAGACUGAUAAGAAAUACGUCGUGGUAGAUUACUGCUACUGUCGCAGUCGUUUUCCUGUCACCGGCCGAUUCAGUUCGGAACAAGUAACAAAAGUCUUCAGUCUAGUCCAGUAGUUGAGUGGUGAAACGGAAUAAACAUGAACCGGCUAUUUUCAGUGCUAACCGUUGGUCUCAUCAUUGCAGCAUUCGCAGCACCUGCGCAUGCCGACGAUCUACCAGCGGACAUCAAAGACCUCGACAUAGACAAACUCAAAGAACAUCUACCGGAGGGUAUGAUUCCGCCAGAGUUCCAAAACAUCACCCUGCCCAGCCUGGAGGAUAUUCAGAAAAUUGUGAAAGAUAAAUGCUCGAAAUCAGCCGGUAGCGAUGCCGCAUUCGAACAAGCUGAACAAGCCGGACAGCGACUGAGUGAAUGUUUAAAGGAUUUGAUUGACUUUAGCGAUCUGCAGAACGAAAUCAAACUGGCAAAACCAACGGGCGAUCUGGACACAGUAUUCAAUAAGUACUGUCGAAGGCGAUCAACGGCGAUCGAGUGUAUCAAUACUUUCUCCAACGAAGUCGAUGUUUGCUUGGACGACGAGGAACGGGAAAGCAAGCGAGUGCUUGUGAAUAUUGUGCACGGGCUGCUGAACUUUGUGUGCCACAAGGAUGGAGAUCAGAUUGCUUUGUUCAUUGCCGAAGAAGGCCCAGAAUGCUUCCAAGAGCAAAAACAACCAUUAAUCGAUUGUUUCAACGGUACUCUCAGAGGAUAUCUGGACGAGUCCACACCCAGAGCUUCCGAGGGCAUUCCAAAGUUGGUGAUGGGUAAAAAACAAUGCGACGACAUGGACAAACUUCGAGUGUGUUUCGUGAACGUCUUGGAAGACUGCAAGGAAUCGACACCAGCGAACCUUGUGGAAUCACUUUUCAAAUUUGUCCGAAGGGAAACUCCGUGUGCCAAUUUCACUACGGCUGCACAGACAUCCCGAAGAAGCUCAGCUGAUCUAACGAAAUCAUCAAUGCACGUUCUUCUAGUCACCUGGCUGAUGGUGUUUGUGGCGAAGUUCCUGAUACACUGAUCGGCUGCAAAUCGGCGGAGGAUGUUCCAUGUGAUAGCAAAAGCAGACGCUUGUAACCAAGUUCAGGGCAUUUUAAUUAUCUAGGUGUACAGGAAACGGAGAAUGUUGCAUUUGAUAUUUUAAACUGAGUUAUGGCAAAUCAGAAAUCCGUUCGAAUAAUACAUUUGAUUUACU